UUUGUUUGUGUCAAAGUCUUGAUUCGGUUACUAAAUUUGUAUAAAAUAUAGAGGGUUUGGAUUGUGAUAGAUAGAGAGAGAUGGAAGAUAUAGAAAAUAGACGGAAAAAGGAGGUUGAAGGAAGUGAUGAAGUAAAAGAAAAUAAUCAAAAUGAAAGUGAAGAGGAUUUAAAGAACAUUAUUGCAAGACAUCCUUUGUUUGAAGUGUUGAUUGAGUCUCACAUGAAAUGUUUGGAGGUGGGAUAUGAGGAAGCAGGGGAGUUUGACAUAACAAGUGAUGCAUGGAAGAAACUGGUCAACACAAAUUCUAAAGCAACGACUAGUCCAAAUACUUCAGAGCUUGAUCACUUCAUGGAAGCAUAUUGCAUGGCACUGAGCAAGCUGAAAGAAGCAAUAGAGGAACCAACAAAAGAAGCAAAGGCUUUCAUCAAUGCAACGUAUAUCCAAUUGAAAGAACUUGGUGAUGCAAAUAACCCGCAGAUUAAUUGUGAUAACAAUUAGCUACUAAUGAUGAUGGAAUACUUGUCACGUUAAUUAUUGCAACUUGAUGUUCUCUUUGCUAGAAAUGUUGAAGAUGGAACCUCGUUGGUUAUUGCAUACCAAUUGCUUUCUGGUGUGUGUGUCGUGCAGGAGUGUUUUAAAUAAAUUAUUAUCAAAUAAAUUAUGUUUUGUAUGCUAAUUAUA